CUCAGAGAUCACCGGGGUCUGCCCGGUACUAGUACUACUAGCCAGUAGUACAUGUAUAACCAGAACAUAACACAACGUACUGGUAUAUUUGCAACAGGUCAACUCCGUAGUCCUUGUUUUGAUGGUGCUUGCGCACUCGCCCCUCAAGGCAUCCUUCAGGUCCUUCAUUUACUCAUGCAAGAAGCCCAGAAAUGGCAAAGAAAAAGAAGAAGGCAGCAAAAGGCCCUCAAGGGAACAUCACCCCCGCUUCGACUGCGUCUGUUUCCAAGUCUCGAGGACGAGAAGCAUCGACGGUGCCUGAUGACAAUGCAAUAAGCUUUCUUGCAUUGAAAUUGAGGGUUUCAGCAAAGAAAGAGCCAAAGCCUUCUCUGAAAUUUGAUUCCGAUCCUGUGCUUUCUGUCGAGGCAGAAGAUGCCCAACGAGUCCAGCUCAAGCCGAAGGAUCAUGCCAUUGUGUUUUGCAAACACAAGGAUUCAAAUGCGAUUGCAGGUGCCUUUGUGUGCAAGGUUGCCAUCUCCACUCGCAACAGUAGUAACAACCGUCAGCUGUCUGCGACGUCUGGAAGUUGCACUCUGGAACCUUCCUUUGUGCUGGAUUCCUUUUUGGAAGGAUCCAAGGACAAUUUGAAUACUGCACAGCGAGAGGUUACUUCGACUCCUCCUGCGACAGCAACGCCCAAACAAUCCACGCCAUCAUCUGGCUUUUCAUUCGCAAAAGGAGGUGGCGGGGAUGCCUUGAUUAGCUCUCCGUCAUCCUAUGCAACGCCCACGAAAGUGAAUCAGAAUGCAACAAGAGUAUUAUCCGUGUGGGUUGUACCAAUGACUUCGUCCUUAGGAAAAGAUGCUGCAAGUGUCCUUUGUCGAGACGCCAAACAAGUGCACGUUGAGAUUCCGGAUGAAUCUUUUCCUGCCAGCCGCUUGGCAACCACAAGCCAACUUCUAAAGCAGUUAGUCCUGGCACAGUUGAAGGACCGAUUCAUUCAUGCAUCUUGUGUCGCCCCUGUAUCCUUUGCGGGAAAGCCCCUCAAUCUACAUGUCAAAGACAUUACUGGCGCAGAAUCUCCAGCAAAAAGUGACGAUCUGCUGUUGGAACUGGAAAUGGAGAGCCUGGAGAUACAAGACGAGUACCCAGAAGAAGACCACGCAGAUUUUGAAGCACAGAUAUGGACUCGCAUUCGAGAAGGAUUAGAGAAUCCAAAACAAGCCCAGUCACUGCUUCUGUACAAGAUUAGAAGAAGCACUACUAUUACAAUAAUAUCCUCGAGCAGCAACCAGAGAACGGAAAGCACAGCCGAUACCAUGCCCGCGGAAGAACGGAGUGAAUCAUCCCCGUUGCGAGUUGUUGCGGGUCUUUCCGAAACAGCCGAGAAAGUGAAGAAACUUCUUCUUCGACCCAUUUUGGAACCGGAGCUUUUUUCUCAGCGAGCAAUGAAAGCCCCUCGUGGAGUUUUGUUGCAUGGUAGCCAUGGUGUAGGCAAGUCAUGUCUGGCUAGGCAGAUUGCUGUGGAUUUGGAAAGAGAGCACCCCGGAAAACUUGUCAUCGAGUCUGUGAAUUGUGCUUCUCUCCAGUCGUAUACGGGGCAAGUUGGAGAGGCGGAGCGACGAAUUGUGAGGAUAUUUGAAAAGGUUUCCAUGUCGCUCACUGAGGAAGGUGGGGCCAAGGGAAAGAUUGGGGCACUUCUUGUAUUUGACGACAUUCAUUUUGUAUGCCCCAAAAGGAGCGGGUACAACGUUGGGGCAGAUCGCCUAACCGCGACGCUGUUGGGUCUCUUGGAUGGCAUUGGUUCUGCUUCCAGCAAGCAUCAGACAGCGCUGGGGGGAGCCAUUAGCAGCGGAAUUGUCAUCUUGGGAAUCACAACAGAUCCAUCGAAGCUGGAUCCAGCACUCCGGCGACCAGGUAGGCUAGACUUCGAGGUGGAAGUUCCUGGACCCGACAAUGCCGAAGCUCGAUCUGAAAUAAUAAAGUUUCAGUUGGAAGAUAUUGGAGCCGACUAUAACCUGCCAAGCUUCACUGACGAGCAAUUCCUCGAACUCGGUAGUUUGGCCAAAGGGUUCAAUGGCGCUGAUUGUAUGCUGGCUGUGAAAGAGGGCAUUCGCAUCGCAAUGAUCCGCGGGCAGACUUCUCAGGAUCUCGACGAGCAGCUGCAAGCGGGAGGCAAACCUGCUUGCAUUGAAACCCUGCGACUCACCGACUUGAAAGCGGCUGUACGGGCAACCAAACCGACGGCUAUCAAGUCCAUCACGCUGGAGAUUCCGAAAGUUCCCUGGACAUCAAUUGGAGGAAUGGAUUGUGUCAAAGAGCAACUCCGCGAAGCACUUGAAAUGCCAGAAACCCACCAAGAAUUCUUCGACAGACUUCGGAUUCCAGCUCCUCGUGGUAUCCUGCUCUUUGGUCCUCCAGGUUGUUCUAAAACACUGAUGGCUCGAGCGCUGGCCACUGAAGGAAAGAUGAACUUCUUAGCCGUAAAAGGCCCCGAACUGCUGAGCAAGUGGUUGGGUGAGAGUGAACGGGCUUUGGCAUCCCUGUUUCGGCGUGCCAGGAGUGCUGCUCCGUCGAUCGUGUUCUUCGAUGAAAUUGAUGCCAUUGCUGCAGAAAGAGGAAGCGACAUCAACUCCGGUGGAGGAAGACUACUUUCACAACUUCUCACCGAGCUUGAUGGCAUUCAUACCACUGGCGGCAUAACGGUUGGGAACAAGAAGCAUGCUAGAGUGGUUGUGGUGGCCGCAACCAAUAGGCCCGACCUCAUUGAUCGCGCACUAAUGCGACCGGGAAGGAUAGAUCGCAAAAUCUAUGUAGGUCCUCCCGACGAACAAAGCAGGCGAAAGAUCUUCGAAAUCGGGCUACAAGACAGAAACUGUGCGGAUGACAUCGAUAUUUCAUAUCUUGCCAGAGACGAGGUAAGUGGCGGGUAUUCAGGAGCGGAAUUGAUCGCCGUGUGCAAAGAUGGUGCGUGGCUUGCCCUAGAAGAAGAUGACCAGAACCCAGUCUGCAAUGAGCUGCCCUCCUUGAGAAUGCGACACCUCUUGAAGGCCAUCAAUAGCAUGAAGCCUCAAAUAACAAAUGAAAUGACUUCGUUCUACGAAAGCUUCAGGCAACAAAAUAAGCGAUAAGAACCAUCUAUUUCCAAACAUAAAUCUAGCUGGUUGUUCCCGUCUCCUUGACCUUAAACGUCAUGGUCUCAGGAUCAAAAUCUGCCAUCGACACCAGCUCCGAAAGCCCAGCAAGUGAUGGAGGGAGUUCAUUUGAGGCAUCCGUCGUAUUCAACAAAUUUGCAAAAGGGGACUUUUUGUUUUGCAACGUGAUCACUUCUUGAUUCAACUCUUCUAUCCUGCCUUCGGCGGUACGUAGAAGUUUCUCUGUCUUUUCGCGCAACCCUCGUUCUAUGGAUAGAUCCAGUUGCAGCUUUUGCACCUGUUCUGUUCCCUUACCUGGACUCGAUUGCAAUUGGGCCCUGCCUUGUUCCAACAGUUGCACCUUUUCUUCCGCAGCCUCCCGCAACGUACGUUCGAAAGCGAGAUCCUUGCGCAAUCGCUGUACUUCCAUAGCCGAUCGUUCACGGGUUUCCUUUUCCACGGCCAAUUCUUGCAUCAGUCGCAAGAUUUUUUGGUUCGUUUCUUCCCUUUGGUUUUCGCUUUGUUUCACUUUGUUCUCCAACGAAGUUCUGGCUUGACGUUCCGUAACAAGCUCGUUGGUGACCUUGGCAAAACUUUCCGUGACCAAGUUCAAGGUUUCGCUGGGAUCUCCUUUGCCAGUACCUUCUGCUGCCCCCUCGGUUCCAGCCCCGUUGUUGCCUUUGGCGGGAGAUUGCCCUUUGCCAUUUUUCGAAGGCGACGCUGCCUUUUGUUGCUGUGAUGCCACAUGCUCUGCAGCCUCUUCGUCAAAGUUUUUCUUGACGCGCUUGACUAUACCGAGCAGAUACCCGAAUCUACUGCGAAUCGAAUCGGCCUUGCGCUGCACCAUGUCAUCGUACUCGGCAAAGGCAACGUUGAUGUUGACGGCGGGGAGUCCUUGAAGGGUCUCCAGGAUUUCUCCCUUCAACAUGGUCAAACUGAUCGACGAGGGAACAUUGACACCUUGAGGAAGAUUAAAGGGAGAGCCUGAUUUGAUAAUGCCCAACAGAUAGCCAUGCUUAUUGCGGAUUUCUUCGCUCUUCUUGUUCUUGCGUUUGGUUUGUUCCUCAAAGUCACGGAAACACGAGUUGAUAUCUCGAACUGACAUUGUCUUGAGAAUAUCCAAAAGUUCGCC